UUCCGGUAUUGCUGUAACAUUUACUGUAAGUCACUUAGCUCAGAUGAUAUUUAGCAAAUGUACAACAAAACCAGCUGGACUUAUUCCGCAGUCAUGAAACACAGGAAGUUUUAAUUUAAAACCACUCAACAGGGAAGUUGUUUUUUCUUCUCUUUUUUUUUGCCCUUAAGCAGACAUUCACAAAAUGAUAUUCAAUUUGAACUCACCUACUGAAGGAUCUCAUUGAUGCUCUCUUUUUGAUUUGAGCUUGUUUGGUGAUGGCAGCUCUGUCUGUGAGCAUUGCAACAUUCAACAUGUUGCUCCAUAUCCUCUUUCUUUCAGGUGCUUUGGCUGCUUGUCCUGAAGGGACAUACCCUUUCAUUACUGUACCACAGAAGAUGGAGGCACUGAGUGGAUCUUGUCUGCAAAUCCCAUGUUACAUUACAAAUGAUAACUUACAUAAGGAUGGCACACAAAAUGUUGGAAAGUGGAUUAAAAGUGUUCCUAACCGCAGAAUUCCAAAGAAUGUGAUUUUUGACAGUAGUAAGACAGUUAAUAUCUAUCCAAUGAAUAUCACUGGAAACCUGAGUGAGAGAAACUGCACCACUUUAUUUUCUAGUUUAAUCAUAAAUUACACAAACACAUACUACUUCAGAAUGGAGAACAGUGAAUACAGCGCAACAGCUGCUUGUGACCCUCUUCAAAUAACAGUUAGAGAUUCUCCUCCGAGCCCCAGAAUUGAGAUCUCAGGUUAUCUGAAGGAGAAUGUGUCUGUCACUAUAACCUGCUCAGCUUCCACUCCCUGUCCACACUCCCCUCCUAAACUCACCUGGAAUCUCCAACAACACCCUCACAACACAACAGAGGAGAACACAAAUCAAACCUUCACAACUAAAAUCCAGGAGACCAUCACUCUGUCAGACAAACAUGAUGGAGUCACCGUCACCUGUUCUGCCACAUAUCCUGUGGAUGGAGGAAACUAUAAGACAGCAGAGGAAGAAAUGACUCUCAAUGUUUCAUAUGCUCCCAAGGACACCUCAGUGUCCAUCAGUCCAUCAGGUUUGGUGUCAGCAGGUAGCUGGGUGAACCUGACCUGCUCCAGCAGAGCCAAGCCUCCCGUCAGCAGCUUCACCUGGUUCAAGACCAGCAAUGAUGGACCCAUCAAAGUGUCUGAAGGAGACUUUUACAGCUUUAAUGUGACAGAUGGAGGAGUUUAUUACUGUGUAGCCACAAAUUAUCUUGGUAAUGAAACAUCAUCAGAGAUUCAUCUGACUGUUAAAGCAGAACCACCUGAUAGAUCUCUACAAUGGAAGCUAAUUCUUGGAGGAAUCAUUGGGAUCAUCGUACUCAUCUGCCUGGUGCUCUGGGUUUGCACUCUUGUGUGUUCGAGGCGGGUGAAGUCAACACAUUCAACUCAACAACAGAGUCAGAAUCAAACAGGUGAAGAAAUGGCUGCUGUGGAGCCAGCAAGAAAAACAGAAGAACAAAAAGAAAAAGAAGAAGACAUCCAUUAUGGAGAGAUCGACUUCUCGCAGCAGGGAUCUAAACCAUCUUCGGCCAAUCAGGACAGUGAACAGCAGCAGGACACACUGUAUGCACAAGUCAAAGUGUCCGAGCCAGCAAACAUCCCAGAGGAUCUCUACGCUCAAGUGAAGAAAGAGUGAAUGUAUGGACAUGUUUGGGUUUUUUUUUUUUUAUCAAGAAAUGUAAUAUUAUUAUAAUUAUUAUUAGAACAUGUUUUCUGUGCAACCUGCAGUUCAUUGCAAAAAAAUUUGAAGUGUGACAUUUUUAAUGUUUAUGUUAAUGUUACAGAUUUCAAAUUUCCUGUUUACCACACAUGUAACAUGAUGAAGUACAGUCUUUUUUUUCUGUAUGUGAAUGUUGUUGUUUUUGUUUUGUUUUUUGCACACUAAUAAAAGACUUGGCAUGCAACAGAUUGCAUUUUUGAUCAAAUAUAUUUGUAAAUAUUAAAAUCCCUCCACUUAAUGACAAUAAAUUAAAAACGAAAGAGGAAUAGUUAUUUCGCUUCUGACCUCUUUCUUUUUUUUUUUUGAUCAAGCUCAGGAAGGAUUAUAGCAGCAAUUUAUACUGUACAUACAAACUGUGACAUUUCUUAUUUAAAUAAGGUGAUGACCAA